ACGCCCCUUUCUGCAGCAGUCUUCUACCAGCGAAGUCAGCAAGAGAAAUAGUGAGUGAGUUGUGGGCUGCUCGAUAAACACUUGACUAAGUACAUUGCUUGCACUGCAGCUUGAUAAUUAUGGCUACGGGGCAUGGUCACAUACUACAGCAAGGCUUUGGUGAGGAUGAUUUGCUGGCUUUAGUUGAUGCCCUUUAUCCAGUUAGCAAAAAGUACCUUCAUCUCGGUUUACAAAUUGGAGUAAAAAAGGAGGAAAUAGACAAGGUAAAAUACGCUGAUCCCACUAUGCGUUUGCUUGAAGUCAUAAAACUCCGUCUGAGGGUAAGUGAGCCCCUUACGUGGAGCAUGAUAGACCAGGCACUUCGGUCGAGCUCGAUUAAUGAGAGUCAGUUGGCGGAUAGCAUACAGCGAGAUGGUCUCAAAAGUAAAUAUGAGAAGGCUAGUGUUAAGGAUGGCAAGUCUCGAAGGGUAAGAGAAGAUGGGCCAUCAUCUGCUUUACUGGAGUACCAAUUUAGUGCUGAAUCCUACACGGAUCCGUCGCCUUCCAGUGAAAAUGAAGAAAGCUUAUGUGAGAGUGACCUAGGAGCCAUAGAUAACGCCCUCCACCCUGUAUGCAACAAGUAUGUGUUUCUUGGCCUACUAAUUGGUGUUAGCAGAAGGGACAUAGAAAUUAUUGAGGCACGCUACGAAGAUCCCAGCAGGUGCUUGCUUGAGAUUCUAUCACUCCGUCUGAAAGAAGCUAAACCACUCACAUGGGGUGCUGUUGACAAGGCACUCAGGUCAAGACUUAUCAAUGAAAGUCGGUUAGCUGACGAAAUUUUAGAAAACAAAUCUUGGCCAAGGUUCGAAGUACGAACAGGAUUAGAGCAUGUUAAGCAAGAGACGUCUGCAGGAAAUGCAGCGAAAGAGGAAGAUGGCGAUAUUUUAUUCCAUCACACUUCAGCAAGUCAAACACAAGAAACAGAAUUUAACACCCACCAUGCCGUAACAUGUGAAGGAAAGACUAAGAGAAUUACAUUGUCACCUACAAUUAGCAAAGUUGAUGAAGUAUUAAAGGACGACAGUGAGCCAGUAAAAUCUUUGACUUCUUCAAAACGGCAUCCAGAGGAGGUAGGCACCAGGACUGAACUUGAUGCUGCUGAAGAAGAGACGGAACGUGCACAGGGCGAUGAGUCCAUGCUAAGUGGAAAUGACAACAGAAGAACGAAAUGGGAAGAAAGUGAAAAGAAGGAAGCAUCAUCAAUUAAUGGCGCUGCAAACGCACCGUUUUGUGGUUCAAAAGAUGAGAGAAUUCCCGAAAAACCUGUUUUCUCAAAGGCAAUCAAAUCAGGUACACCCUUAACUUCACAAGCUACUCGGUCAGUUUUUAGGCAUGAUGAUUCCAAAAGAAACACAAGUGAGACGGACUCAUCUAGUUCAUCUGAGACUGACAAUGAAUCUUCGCCAGAACGUGACAAACUGAGGGGACAACUCACUCCAGAACACAACAAAAAACUUACUAAGAUAUUCAAACGCUUUUUUGGAGAGCUCUGUUGUGCCAUUACGAGUCCUGCUAAAACGGCCGCCCAGCUACAGAGACAGCCGGGCCUGAUAUCCCAGUCUCUAAUGAAGAAUAUACUGAGAUCUCCCGAGUCCGAAAUGGAUAAAACAAUCAGUUUGGUGUCUUCACUUGGCCAAAAAAUUAAAUCGCGCCCUGACAAGAUUCUUACGUUGAUUACAGGUUUGCUAGAAAUCCCCGACUUAGAAGAAGUCGGCCGACGUAUGUUGACAGACACAGAUAAAGUGUGCCCUAGAAGAACAGCCACAAGUUAUCCAUGUUCUCCUGGAAAUGUAGACUCAAAGGCAGCACUAGAGAGUCAUAUAAAAGGACCCGCACAUGAUCUUACCACCAGUCAGGACACUCCGUCACCUGCAGCCUCCAUAAGUACAGGUAGUAUGGCAACACCAUCUCCUGAAGUAAGUGCUCCAACGCCAACACUACAUUUGAGCCCAGUGCUGCAAAGGUACAGGGAAUAUUUGCAGUCGUAUUACAAGGCUAGAGCUCUGGCUCCAGCAGACAAGUUCCUCCCCACAAUGAAUGCUCCAUACAUAGACUUAGCAAUGGUUAGUAAAACAUUGUACAAGGAUGGGAUACAUCAGUAUGUGUCACCACUUCGUAUGGGAAGACUUGCUGAGUCCUGUGAAGGACAAGCAGCCAGUCAAGUUUGUAUUGGUAGAAGGUCCUCCGGGAAUGGGAAAGAGUACCUUUGCUUGGGAGGUAUGUAGGAGAUGGGAUGAAAUUCUUAGAAACUAUCACGCUGUAGUGCUCCUCAAGUUAAGGGAAAAGUGGGUUUUGAACGCGACCUCACUUGCCGAUCUGUUUCGUUAUCCAUCUGAACCCCAGUUUAGUAGUAGUAUUGCUGCUGAAUUCGAUCGGUCGCAAGGACGAACUUUGCUGCUUGUUUUAGAUGGCUUUGACGAAGUCUCUCACAAUUUCCAUCGAGAUUCUGCAAUAGUAAGCAUUCUACGUAAGCAACUCCUCCCUGCUUGUACAAUCAUUCUCACAACUAGAUCUUCAGCCAAGUCGAUUAUUCAUCAAGCUUUACAGCCUCGAGUUGAUAAAAAUGUAGAGAUUAUCGGAUUCACUGAGAAAAAAAGGGUUCAGUACAUCACAGAGGUCUUCAGUGAGAAACCAGAGCUUCAUGCAAGAUUCUUGAAGUACAUGUUUCUUGUCCCUCACAUCAAGUCAAUGAUGUACACUCCUCUCAACUGUGCAAUAAUUGCCCGGGUCUAUUUCGAGUCUCAAAACACCCCUCACCUUAGUCAACUCGAAAACAAGAACACAGCUGUACAGAGCACUCACUCAUUCUCUUCUUGCUAGACACAUAAAUUCGAGAGAGGGUUUUGAUUUUGAGUGUAUGCUGCCAGAAGGUCUAAGGCAAGACUAUAUGGAAAAAUUUAAGGUGUUGGCUAAAUUUGCUUUUGAUAGCUAUCAUCACAAUAAUGAUUCGCCAAGAAAGGUAACAUUCUUUAAUGAAGACAUACCCAAGGGACUAGAUCACUUUGGGUUUAUGAAUGAGUCCACUGAAAUGUAUGCCAGCAAAGGAGUGGAGCGAACGUUUUCAUUUAUCCACCUCAGUCUACAGGAAUACCUUGCAGCUUGGCACCUAGCCCACAGCUACAGUAUUGAGUUUCAGGUGGCAUAUCACGGGAUGGCUGUAAUGAGUAGUGGAUCCGUGCAUUGUUUGUUCCUCAAAAAUGAUUAUAAAGGUAGUAGCAAAGAGGAGGAAGCUCUCAUAGCAUCUCUACAGUCUCUAUCCUCAGCACUAGAGGAGCCAGCCAUAUUCCUGUCCGGGAUCAAUGGCUGUAGAUUCCAGUCACAGAAAACUAGAAGCCCCUGGUACACAUAUCUCAGCACCAGCUCUGGGGAUGUUUUCAGAUCAAGAGUGCUGUUACGCUCUCUCUAUGAAGCUCAAAAUCCAUUGCUUUUAAGGGACUAUUUUGCUGGCAGCACUCGCUCCACUUGUAGAGAGGUUACCAUUGGGUCUUGGGGAUUCGUGAGGGGACAGACACAAUACGAAUGCUAUGCUCUUUCAUAUUGUCUAGCACAUUGCUCUGAUCAGUUGCAUUUGAAACUCGACUUUAGUAAUUAUCUCCAGAUCUUUCUUCUGCAAUCGUUUGUCAAAGGUCUCUUGGAUAACUUCAAAUCUACCUCAGACAAUGUGAAGAGUAUCGAUGUGAAUAUGUCUGUGGAAAGAUCUAACGAUUUUGUGUAUUGGUUAACAAGAGCUAAUAAGUGUUUUUCUGGACUGGAAAAAGCUUCACUUUCGUUUACCAAAAUUGACAGUGAUACUCUCCAGAGGUUUUUGCAACCGCUUUCUAAUCUCCAGUCACUUGUGAUUAACAUGACGACAUCUGAAUCUUGGGAGUGGCUUUCAGGGCUCAAGUCUCUCACCAAACUUGAAGUUUUAAACAUUACUAGCAAAAAGCAAUGCAACCUUCCACCAGUUGAGCCCCUUUGUUGGCUUGUCAAGAAUCGCCUGACAAAAGCUGUGCUUGAUAUCAAAAUACCAUCUACACCGUAUGAUAUUGGUAGUCCAACAGCCUUACUUGUUGACUCUGUGAUGCAGUCUGUUAUGAAUUCAAAUCAAAUUAGUGAAGUAGAACUUCCCAAUGUGUCACGUGAAACAAUGGUUGGUGUCCGUGACAUCUUACUCAUGUGCCCGAAUCUAACAACAUUGAAACUCAAGAGAACCAGACUGGGAUAUGAAGGAAUCCUCUACAUUUGUAGUGCUCUAACAAACAGUAAAACAUCAUUGAAAUUCCUUGAGAUCAACGAUCUUUGCUUGCCACCUAAAAAACGAGGCGUACAAUUAUACGAUAUUUAUCCCGUUGUUUCGUCUUUCUCUUUGAUGGACAGUGUUCCUUUGCCCAGCAAAAUUACCUGCACUGACUUUCUUCUAAAGCUGAACAAUAUUCUUAGAAAAAAUACAACUCUUGAAAAGAUAGUCAUCCAGUCAGGAGUUUUCAGACCUGUUGAUGAUACAAGUAUUCACUUUGGAGGGUUUACAGAGUGGACAGGACUGGGACCUCUGCAGCAGUUCAACAUGGGAGUCAUCAGAAGUGGGGUAUCUCACAAUCUAAGAAGAUCCUUCUCAUCAUCAGACAUCACCCGGCCACAGACCCAACUCUACUGGUGGAGAAACUUUGUGGCUCUUAAGAAUAUAGAACUGUGGGAUCGUAACAGUCCUGGUCUGACAGUGGUACAGGUAAAGAAGUCCUGUCCCGUUCCAUUAUUCACGGCUCCUGACAAUCAGGUUCUGCAGUUCUUCUCCGGCCUUGACCUUCGUCUCAGGGAAUGUCUGGGGAUAUUAAACCUCAGAAUGUACGCAAUUAACACCGCCAGCACUGGCCUUAUGCUUUUUAAUAGGGACGUGACUCCUCAGAACUUGUUCCUUGUGUGGACGACUGGGGUAUAAGACGGGUAAUUGGAUAUUUGUAGUAUUACAUCGCUAUAUGGCUUAUUUUUAGUUGAUGUGUUUAUAGCUAGCUGCUAGGUUUUAUUUAGUACUGCUAUUUCUGUAGUCACUAUAAUUAUUUAGUCGAGCCUACAUGUCUGCUGAUUUCACCCUGUCUCUUCCCUUGCUCACCUUUUGAUCACCCUUCACACUUGUGUCACCCACUUUAAUAUUCCUGUCACCCAACCUCUGCUUUCUAGAUCUUUCUUUUGUGUAUCAUCCCUAUAUAAAGUCUAUCCAUUCGCACAGUUCAUGAGAA